AUGAACCCAGAAGGCAGUGGGGAGGGAAAGGCCCGGAGAUCCCCCCGGAGGAGGGGCUCCAAAGCCAGCCCAGGGUGCUCUGAGGAGGAAAGAGCCACCCUGUGCCGGGAAGGCGACGGGAGCUUGUGCCGGAGUUCCGACCUGGUGGUCCCUGAGCAACCUCCCACCAGGAAGAAGCCCUACAAGUGUUUGGAAUGUGGGAAGAGCUUUAGCAGGAGCUACCACCGGAUCCGCCACCUGCACACCCACACUGGGGAAAGGCCCUACAAGUGCUCGGAGUGUGGGAGCAGCUUCAGCCGGUGCUUCUGCCUGAUCCGCCACCAGAUCGUCCACACUGAGGAACGACCCUACAAGUGCAUGGAAUGUGGGAAGAGCUUCAAUGACCGCUCCAACCUCAUCACCCACCAGCGCCUGCACUCCAGGAAACGGCCCUACAAGUGCUUGGAAUGUGGGAAGAGCUUCAGCCUGAGAUGCGAUCUGAUCGGCCACCAGAAGAUCCACAGUGGGGAACGGCCCUACAAGUGUCCUGAGUGUGGGAAGAGGUUUAAGACCAGCUCACAUCUCCUCCUGCACCAGCGGACGCACACAGAUGAGAGGCCCUUCCUCUGCACCGACUGCGGGAAGAGCUUCAACCGCAACUCCCACCUUGUCCUGCACAGGCGCAUCCACACUGGAGAGAGGCCCUACAAGUGUGAUGAGUGUGGGAAGAGCUUCAGCCAGAGCUCUCACCUGAUGUACCACCAGCACAUCCACAGCGGGGGGAAGGCCCUACAAGAAAGACCCACCCUGUGCCAGGAAGGCGACGAGAGCUUGAGCGAGAGCUCUGACCUGGAGGUCCAUGAGCAGCUCCAUGCUGGGAAAAGGCCGUUCAAGUGCUUGGAAUGUGGGAAGAGGUUUAGCAAGAGAUACCACCUGAUCCGCCACCAGCGCAUCCACACUGGGGAAAGGCCCUACAAGUGCUUGGAGUGUGGGAGCAGCUUCAGCCGGCGCUUCUGCCUGAUCCGCCACCAGAUCAUCCACACCGGAGAACAACCCUACCAGUGUGGGGAAUGUGGGAAGAGCUUCAAUGACCGCUCCAACCUCAUCACCUACCAGCGCCUGCACUCCAGGAAACGGCCCUACAAGUGCUUGGAAUGUGGGAAGAGCUUCAGCCUGAGAUCCGACCUGGUCCGCCACCAGAAGAUCCACAGUGGGGAACGGCCCUACAAGUGUCCUGAGUGUGGGAAGAGGUUUAAGACCAGCUCACAUCUCCUCCUGCACCAGCGGACGCACACAGAUGAGAGGCCCUUCCUCUGCACCGACUGCGGGAAGAGCUUCAACCGCAACUCCCACCUUGUCCUGCACAGGCGCAUCCACACUGGAGAGAGGCCCUACAAGUGUGAUGAGUGUGGGAAGAGCUUCACCCAGAGCUCUGGCUUGACCACACACCAACGGACCCACCGGUAAGGAGAGCCCUGUGAGCACCUCAACUGCGGGAAGAGCUUCAUCUGCUGCUCCAACUCCAUCAGUCAUUGGAGGACCCACAUUGGUUCCACAGUGACCCACAUUGGGCACAGAUCUGUUGACUCAUGUUCCAGAUGA